AUGGCUGCCUCUCCGGGUCGCGCCUCGGCCGGCCAUGGCGACCUCUCCGAGCGCGGCCUCUUCUGCUCGUCCAGCCCCAACACGCAACGAGGCGGCGCCAUCGGGCGAGGCGCGUGGCGGCAGCCAUGGAUGGGCCAGGUGAGGCGCACGAUAGCAGCCAUGGCCACGGCUAGACCGGGAGAGGGCGUGGCCACGGCGGGGGCCAUCCCGCGGCAGUGGCAUGUGGCGGGGCUGGGCACCACCACGAGGAGGAACGACAACCAUGGGCAGUACGGAGGCUUCUGGCUAGCCGAGAUCACGCAAAACGCCAUCGCUGCCGCUCGCACACGCAUCAAGUCCAACCCACCUGAUGUCUUGCUCGCCAGCUUGCCCAAAUCCGGCACCACCUGGCUCAAGGCCCUUGCCUUCGCGACGCUCAACCGUGCCACGCACUCGCCGUCCGACGCCCAGCACCCGCUCAGGCACCACAACCCCCACGACUGCGUCGGCUUCCUGGAGAUGAUGGUGACCCAGGACGACGACGAGGCCGUCCGUUCUCCACGGCCUCUACUGGUACAAACACACGUGCCCUACUCCCUGCUUCCCGAGGCCAUCACGGCGGAGGGCUCCGGGUGCCGGCUCGUGUACGUGUGCCGGGAUCCCAAGGACAUGCUGGUCUCCUACUGGAACUUCUACCUCAAGGAGGCGGCGACGUUGGCCGCCGCCGGUUGCGGCGGCGGCUGGGUCGGGGAGUCGGCGGCGGCAGGCCUCACCAAAUUCGAGGACGUCUUCGAGCUCUUCUGCGAGGGACGGUACCCCGGAGGCCCCUACUGGCGCAACGCCCUGGAGUUCUGGCACGAGAGCCAGAGGAGGCCCAACGAGGUGCUGUUCCUAAGGUACGAGGACAUGCUGGGAGAUACCGUGGGUAACCUCAAGAAGCUAGCAGCGUUCAUGGGGUGCGCGUUCUCCGAGGUGGAGGAGGAGGCUGGGGUGGUGGAGCAGAUCGUGGAGCUAUGCAGCUUGUCGAGUCUCAAGGGCAUGGACGUGAACAAGAAUGGCAGUACGGUGCUGGCCUUCAGGAAUGAGGCGUUCUUCAGGAAGGGGCAGGUCGGCGACUGGAAAAACUACAUGACGCUGGAUAUGGCGGCGAGGCUGGAUAAGAUUGUUGAGGAGGCCACUCGAGGUUCCGGACUCACCUUUGCGGGCUCAGUCUCGCAUAAUUAUUAA